AUGCCUUCUAUCCCCCACUGCCGUAAUGUUGUCUGCCGUUGUGCUCAAUGUAACAGAAAUUCACAGAGAUACUCAUUGGUGACAAGUAGAACUGCUGAGUGCCAUAUUAGAAAAGAUGAGCUUGAGAGAAUCGAGAGACUGGAUACGGCUGAAAGAUUGGCAAAUACUGUGCAAGAAGAACAAAUGAUGGACGUUGAUACCCAAUACGAUCAGGCCGGCUCACCUGAUUCGAAUGCCGCCACAAUGGCUGACAAUGUCUCGGUAGACGAUGAGAUCAGCGAGGUCAAUGGCAAUGACUCUGACAUUGAAAGAGACACGAACUCUGACUCUGGCAGUGGUAAAGAAGAAGGUGUCGAGACAGACAUUGAAGAGUUUGUUAAUGAAGACCCAUUUGAUGCUCCUAACAUGCCUGAAAACCCUGUCCAUCAGUUCAUUGCUACCUUUGCCGUUCUUUUUAUCUUGCGUUAUGUUGUUAACAAAGGUGCCACCGUAUUGAUUGAAUUUAUCAAUCAGUUACUCAAGAUCUACAGCAAAGAUUUCCAAUUACCAACAAGUCUUAUUGGUCUGCAAAGAAUGACUGAUUUUUCCAAUUACGCCAAUGGUAUCAAGAAGUCUGUUGUAUGUGAAGACUGCCACAAGGUUUACGAACAAGAUGUGUCUCUCCCUACUCAUUGCGACUUCAAAAAGCAUGGUUCUUGA